AAAGGCCCCGCCCAUAGGGGGUGGGAUCCAAAAUGGGCUAAAAAGCUGCGGGAAUGAGAGCUGAGUUAGUUUGGGGAAGAGACGUGUGGGUACAGGGUACAGGGGCUCUGCAGGCUAAUGAGGAGUCUCUGCCCAAGGACAGGUAACUAUAUCAGUAUACAGUAUAUUAUCUGUAAAAAUAAUGCUUUUCCUUAUACAUUAGUGCCGCUUUGCGACGCCUCCCCUAGAACUUAUAGACAGAAUAUUAUUGCUCGCUUCAAAAGAGACAACAGUUUGUAACUGGAUCAACUGCCAGAAGUUGGUUCAUAAGUCAUAGUAGUUCAGGAAUAUAUAAAUAUUGCAUUUCUACUCUCAAUUACUUUCUUACAUUUCCUUGUAUUUUUUUUUUACUUUCUUUUACAUAUUUGCUUUAAAAAUAAAGAGGCACAGAAGCCCCAGAAGCUGACAAUUCUCUGAUUCUUUGGAUAAAGACAAGAGACCAUUAGACCGUGCAACUUCUCCAACACCAGGAAAUCCACACAUUGGAGAGAAAAAUCUGUAUCCGACUGAGAAAAAGCUUUAGUGCAAUGAGCAUUCCCAACUCCCAGAUGGAAACUCACUCACAAACAAAAGGUUAUGAAUGCCAAGAAUGUGGGAAACAAUUAUCAACCAAAAGAAGCCUUAAUACUCACAAGAGAAUUCACACUGGGGAGAAACCAUUCAUGUGCACAGAAUGUGGGAAAUGUUUUAUGCAAAAGGAUGUCCUUAAAAUUCACAAGAGAAUUCACACAGGGGAGAAGCCUUAUGCAUGUACAGAAUGUGGGAGAAAUUUUGCUGCAAAGAAUCAUCUACUCAAGCACAAUAAAACUCAUACAGGGGUGAAACCAUUCAUGUGUAUGGAAUGUGGGAAAAGUUUCUCGGAGAAAGCCCAUCUUCAGUCACACUAUAAGCUUCACACAGGGGAGAAACAAUUUUCUUGUGUAGAAUGUGGGAAAAGCUUUAGCGGUAAGGAUGGCCUUCAAUACCACUACACAACUCAUACAGGGGAGAAACCUUUCAGUUGCACAAAGUGCGGUAAAUGUUUCUCUAAAAUGUCCAGCCUUCAGUGUCAUCGGGUGAUCCACACGGGAGAGAAACCAUUUGCUUGUGCAGAAUGUGGGAAAAGUUUUAGUUUUAAGAGCAACCUAACCAGGCAUCACAGAGUCCACACUGGGGAGAAACCUUUGAAAAGUUAAUAUUCACACAGGAGAGAAACCAUUUGCUUGUGUAGAAUGUGGGAAAAGCUUUUCCCAACAAAGUUCCCUUAGGAGCCACUGGAAAAUUCACUCAGGGGAGAAACCAUUUGCUUGUGUAGAAUGCCGGAAAAGCUUCUCCCAACAAAGUCACAUUAGGAGCCAAUGGAAAAUUCACACAGGGGAGAAACCAUUUGUGUGAACGGAAUGUGGGAAAAGC